GUCGCGCGCAGCCCUCGCGGUCGGAAGCACGAGUAUAGUCGUCGUCGUCGGAGGCGCUUGCAAGCUCGCUCUCUCGGCUUAUCCGUCGGUACAGGUCGGUUCAGUGCGGCGGUUGUUGCAUAGCAUGCGCCAGCAGCAGUUAGAGGUAGUGCAGCAGCAGCAGCAGCAGCAGCAGCAACAGCAACAGCAACAGCAGGAAGAGGGGGGGAGGAAGUGAGCCAGGAGGAGCAGCCGGAGGAACACGACGACGGCCAAGGAGAAUCAUGAGGCAAAGGCUGCCGAGGGCAGGACGACGGCGACGGCCCUGCAGCUGCCAGCCGCGCGACGAUGCAGCCAGCAGCAGCAUCUCCGAAGGCGGCGAACGAUGACGGAGUCGGGGCCUCAGGGCGCUGCUCAGGCCAACAGCAGAGCCUGCCUCUUUGACGAGAGGUCCGAGUCGAGCAUAGCCGCGCACAUCCACGAGAUAAACAGCCAGGUGGCGCAGUUCCGGGACCUGCUGAUCAGCAUCGGCCAGCCGCGCGACUCUCCCGAGCUCCGGGAGAAGAUCCGCAAGCUCAGGCGCAACUGUGUCGAAGCUUGCAAGAGCACCUCCCAGAUGGUCCUACCCCAGAUGCGCAGCGCGAUGGAGUCCGGCAUACCGGCAGACAGUCCGAAUCUCGUGCUGCUCUUCUUUCUGGCCCAGCUGUUCCUCAGGGAGCUCUACAAGAGCAAGAACCUCGUGCGCAUCGUGCCCAUGGAUAUGACCGGAUACUUUGAGAGCAAGUCCGGCCCGUCGAACAUCAGUAACGUCAUCACCCAGAUACUCCUCUGCAAGCAGAUCACCUUGGAUUUCAACGAGGAGGAGCUCUGCAGCAUACAGAAGGACAGCGAGGAGAUCAGCGCCCUGAUAGCCGAGCUCCAGGAGUUCAUGCCCCAAUCCGAGGCUGACACAGAGCGACCCGUUGCCCUGCAGGAGGCUGCCAAUCGGUUGAACCGCAACAACGGCGCGAGAAAGAAUCUACCCUGGGAGAACAGACCGACGAGACACCCGAACUACCUGCGCGGGACCUUCAAGUUCUUCUGCUGCGCCGGACGGCCCAACUACUUAUGAUCUCGUGCGGCAUCGGCUCGAUCGGAGGCUGUCGACGCUACCUAGUCUUUCAGACAGACGAGAGAAUUAAUGACAAUGCGCGACAGAGACACGUAUAUUAUGCAUAUAAUGUACUUAAUAUACGCAUUUACGGGAGACAAUCCAUUGAACGGGUGUAUAAAGAGUGAAAGAGAGGUAGGGGGGGGGGGGUGGAUCAAAAGAGUUAAUAAUUCAGUCAAUUUUCCGGAUACUCGAGAGAGAGAGAGAGAGAGAGAGUGAGCGGGGCGAAGAAAAGAGUUGCGACGACGAGUCUAGCUGGACACAAAGGAGAACUGCGCGAGAAGGUAUAUAUCGAUCUUGUACAAGUAGCAUAUAGUAAAACUACUCUACUGCCGCAAGAAUAAGUGAAAUGCCGCAACUACAACUAACUAACUAACUAACUUAAAGUAACGCUCAUUGUCAGCCACGGAGACACUUGCGAGCAUACACACACACACGCGUGAGUUUAUUAUCACAGACGUACACACUAUCAAGGGGGGGAUUCGAACGAACAAUACGGCAUCGCAUACGUGGAUUAUUAUACCCUCGACGAGAUUGCAUCAAAAUUCCGAGCAGAAAGAGAGAGAGAGAGAGAGAGAGAGAGACGCGGGCACACGCGUUAUGGGUGGGCGACACUUAGGGAGAGACAAAACGAGGGCAAAAAUACAAUAUAAUACCGCACAGAUAUCUAGCUGCGUUUAAUUACAUAUAAUUAGGUAUAUAGGAGCACACUCUCGCGCACACACACACACACACACACACACAUACGCGUUAAACGGGUCCAAAAGCGACGAUGAUGAGGCGGGGAAUAUAUAGGGAUAUGUAUAACUUAGAUGGAGGCUUAUACUCGUUCGGCUCUUUGCUACUGUUUGCGAGAUGUACGCGCGCGAGUUCAUAUCAGAGUCAUACAUAGCAAUAAAGCGCGAGAACAGCCGAACGACUGUUAUGGUACAUAGUGCGUAUAUCAAAAGAUUAUAUACGUAUAUACGUAGUGUAGCGCAUGAUCGCCGUACACCUUUUUCUUAAAAUUUUUUCCCUCGAUCUCGUAGGUGCGUUAUUAUUAUUAUUAUUAUUAUUAUUAUUAUUAUUAUUAUUAUUAUAUAUAUAGAUGAUAUAGAAUUAUAAUAUUAUAAAUAUACACACGUACGCAGUCACUGUAUAUCGUGAUUAUUAGGGUAUAAAGGUAGGAGCAGCGUAGCUAGUGGUAUACAACACGUACACACACGCGCACAGACAAAAUUACUCUCUGCGAUCGAUUUUUCGUUAUGGUGAUUGGAAGGUCGUUUGUUAGGAAGCGCGUCUCUCUGCUUUAAUUUCGCAUACUCGAUUAAUUUUUCAAAACCUCCUCGGCGCGUCUCUUCUUAUAUUUAGGUACGUAUUAUUAUUAUUGGCGCUGGCGCGCAUGAUGAUCGCUGCAGUAUGAUUAUGGAUUAAUCAGACGAGCGCGUGAGAGAUGUGUAUAGAGGAAGACAGGAGGGUAACGAGGAAGUGAAUAAGUGAGGGCCAAAAGUGCUGUUUACGUGUGUGCGUGUGUGCGUAUACAAGUGGAAUCAAACAGUCGUUAAUAAUUCAUUGCGUAAUUAUAGUCUCACGAAAAACACAUACGUCUUCGCGUUAUAUAUGUAAGAAUGAAUUUUAGAUUGCAGCGCUAAAAGGAAAAAUAAUCUAUACGUGCUACAAGUCUCUAGCGCGUUAGAAAUAGGGUUAUAACUAUAAAACGAAAGUUAUAGUAUUUUGUGAUAAAGCGUUAACAAAAAAAAGGGGAGCAAAGCUGCGUCGCGUCUCGGAGUCGGUCGAACAAAAGGAGUACACACGAUGUCGAAUAUAUAUGUAAUAUAUCGCCGACAGUACACACACACACACACACGAAGGAUCGAGUAAUAUAAAGAAAAAGGCAGAAACGGAAAAGUCUUUCGUGCAGUGGAACGGCUAUCUUUAUCUCCCUCGGCGCGUCUCUUACGCCAUUGUUAUAAAAAGGAUCGGCGGCCAGUGCAGAGGGAUGAGGAUAGCGAAAAAUAAAAGAGGAGCCGCCCCGUCAACGGAGUAUAAUAUAAGAGAACAUAUAUACGUUUAUAUACCUACGGAAGAAAAGCCCAGCAGCGACGGACCGUGAUUAGCAUUAUAUAUUGCUAUACUGCACGCGCGUCGAUUUUCCUUUUCUUCAGCCGUUCUUUUUUUUUUUUUUUUUUUGCUCGUCCUGUCCCGCACCCCCUCGCACACCGCGUACAUACAUACACACACACACACGCACACUUGCCGUUAUAUGGCUUCUCACUACUCUCCUGCGAGAAGAAACGAUCGAUGAACGGAAAAAUGGCCUAUGCGAGCGCGAUAGAUUGUUUUCACACACCGAUUAGCCGACACACGCACAUAUAUAUAUAUAUACACACAUAUAUACACAGGGAGACACGUUAACUCGUAGUGACAUUUCUUGGGUUUUUCUUAUAUAUUCACGCAUUACCGCAUCGUGUGCGUGGGUACUCUGAUGUGCAUCGGUUUAUGGAUAUUAUAUAUUAGAUGCAGACGACGAUAUAAUAUGGAGUAUAUAUAUAGAGGAAAAGGUCUUUACUAUUUUCUUACCGUUAUUUUAAUAUACGAAAACACGAUAUGUAAUUACUAUAAGAGUGAGAGAAAAGUGCGCGAUGGCGGAGGGGCGGGGGGGGGAGAGUGUGCGGUAUAAGGGGGGCCAGGGAAAAAUCGCAUUAUGUAUAUGUAUAACUCUCCCGAACUCCUUGUAGACACGAUUCCGUAGAUUAUUUUACGGGAAAUCUAGGUGCUAGACCAGAUAUAACGACUCGUAAUUUGUUAGUCGAGCGCAAGCGCAUAUAUAUUACAUAUAUCACUACGAAUCAAAGAGCGAAGACGACGCGGUAUUUUCUCGCUUUUCUCUCGUUUCCGCAGAAUCAUUAGGCAUUCGUCGACGCGACUAUAUAUAUAUAUAUAUAUAGAAUGAAAAAAAAAA